AUAUAACCGUUAAUGUUUGCAAUAGAAAACUCUGCUUUAAGAUGUGCUUUUCUCAACUAAAAUUUAAAGAAUCUGAUCUUAUCUAUGUUAAAGUCUUAUUGAAGUGUGACUAAUUACGGUGAAACUUCACAUUGAAGUACAAUUUUGUGCAUAAGAAACAUCGUGGACUAUUUCUAUUAUCAAAUUAGUAACAAUUGAAAGCACAGCAACAAAGGCAGAAGCUUAACGAGUUAUUGUUGUGAAGCACGCCACACAGCUUUAGAAUGAAAUGGAGAUGCAAGGUGAGGCUGGUCAUGGACCAACAACAACAACAACAGCAACAGCAGCAGCAGCAGCAGCACCAGCAGCCGCAGCGACACCGACACCUGAAACGCCAAGAGGCGAAACAAGUACUACGACAACAUUCGCAUCGCAGUCACGCGAGUUCAGCUGUCGUGUGGCUCAAACGGCACAGCCCGAAGCCUGGCAGCCAUUCAUUAGCUGCGAGGCGGCCCAGGCCGACAGCAACAAUUCCUACAACAGCAGCAGCAACAUCACCAGCAGCACCAGCAACAGCAUCAGCAGCAGCAGCAACAGCAUCAGCAUCAGCAGCAGCAGUAGCACAACAUUCCAUUGCACAUUGCAGGGCUACGAUAGGGACGAGGAUAACGUGUUGUAUGCGUGCAGUGCCGUGCUCGAGGAGUCCGAGGCAGAUGCAGCCCUAUUAGGGCCAUGCAUACUAGACACGCAGCUAUCGAAGCCGCAGCAGGAGCCGUACGCGCAAUUCGAACUGGAAAUCAAUGGGACCGUUAGUGAUAAUGUGAGUGAUACGUUUAGUUUUAGUAGCAACUGCAGCCGAAAGUUGUUUCUAUGUGAGUCCGUGGACGAGGAGCUGCUGUGUCAGCUGCAGCUCGAGCAGGAGACUGUGAGCCCCACCACGCCGCAGACAGCGACCAGCUGGCAGAACUUUCGCAUCGACCUGGGCGAUGGCCUGUGGUCUUGGCUGAACUUCAGCGAGAUGGUUGAGAAUGUCAGCGGGGGCCACGGCAACGACAGCACCAACAAUUCAACUACGAGCUUGGACAUGAUACUGUCCAACUACACCAUAUCCGACACAACAAUGAGCACAACAACAACGGCGGCCGCCGACAUUGUCAUAUCGAGGAGCUUCCUGGACUACUCCCCACACGGCUACGACUGGCUCUUCUUGUUCGUGGUCUUUUUCAUAUUUGCCGGCGGUCUGGGCAAUAUACUUGUCUGCCUGGCCGUCGCCCUGGAUCGGAAGCUGCAAAAUGUCACCAACUAUUUCCUCUUCUCGCUGGCCAUAGCCGAUCUGCUCGUCAGCCUGUUUGUUAUGCCCAUGGGCGCGAUUCCAGCAUUUUUGGGUAAGUGCAUAACGUUUCCCAUCAAUUUUAAUAAAUGCAAUAGCACAGCAAGAAGCGAGCGAAAUUUCGAUAGGUUGGGCGGGCGCUUUACUAUACGCCCACAGCACGGCCAGCAACAGAUGCAGAUGCACGGCAGUCUCACCAGGAGCAGUUACGGCAACAACAAGUGUCUGGCAAGGGGCGGCAGCAAUCGCAAUGUUAACAAUGCAGAGACCGGAAUGGGUAUGGGCGUGGCAUCACGGACAAGGUGCACCAGUGCAGGCGGAGGUGGCAGCAAUAUUGACUGCAGCGAGCGACCAUUGAUGCAUCAGCGAGCCACAUCCAAUCGAAGUGUCCCCAGCGUCAGCUUUCGCAACGUGGCCAAUGGAGGCGGCUGCGACGGCGGCGGCAGCAACAGCAACAGCAACAAUAACAGCGGCAGCGGUAAUCGGAAUAAUACGGGACGCACUAACUUCCGACUUGCUGGCAGUGGCAUCUUGCGGCAAUCGUCCACCCCACCGACUGCGAUCUCGUCCACAUCUUUCUCGACGCGUGGCAAGGCACCGACCAGCAGCUUCUGGCGGAAGCGUCCGGGCGCCGGCAGUCCCUAUCUCCUGGAGAGCCAUCCGAAUCGACGGGCCUCGCUGCGCGGCAGCGUCUCGCAGCCACAAUUGGGUUACGCGACAAAUGGAAAUGGAGGACACGAGCCAGGUGGCGGAGCCAACGUGACUGGCGGAGCAACAGUUGCGACAAGCAGCUGCAUAAGUGCUGGAAGCGCUGGCGACGGCGGCCCAAGCAGAAAGAACUUAACCACCAUUCAAACACACAGUGGAGGCGGUGGCACUGGCACUGGCAAUAGCUGUGGCAACGGCAAUGAGAAUCAGCAGCAGGUGACGACAACGCGACGCCACAAGCUGCUCCCUUUCAAGCUGUCAUUCAAUCGAGUUGCCACGCCUACGCUGAACCUGAGAUUUCUCAACAAUCGCGCCAAGCGCAACAGCCUCUCGGCGAAUGCGGUGGCCACGGAGCAGAAGGCCACCAAGGUCCUGGGCCUGGUCUUCUUCACCUUCGUCCUGUGCUGGUCGCCGUUCUUCAUACUGAACAUCAUAUUCGCCGCCUGCCCCGAAUGCCAAGUGCCCGAGCAUGUGGUCAACACCUGCCUCUGGCUGGGCUACGUUUCCUCGACGAUCAACCCGAUCAUUUACACCAUCUUCAAUCGGACAUUUCGAGCGGCGUUCAUUCGUCUCCUCAAAUGCAACUGCGAACGCUCGGGCCGUCCGCUACGCUAUCGCUCCGUGACCGAAGGGCGCAGCGCCUUGAGUCUGUGCGCCCCCUCAGCCCUGCCGCUGGCCAUCUCGUUUCAGGGCGCACCACUAAUGACGCCAUCCACGACGAAUGCGACGCCGCUGAGUGAGUUCCGGAGCAGUUAUACAAUCAACGAAGACGAGCGCUAAGCAGAGCGUUCACUCGCGUUCAGAGAGUCAAACACGAAUUUAUGGGCUAUGUUGUUCAGAAAGUACAGGUAAACGAAGCAAACUACAAAAGGAUGUUCGAUGGGACGAAUUGGCGAUGAAUCGAAUAGUCAGACACACUUGAACAUGUACUUUAAG